UUGUUACUCCAGACAGGAGAAAGAAGCCUGGAUUAAGUCCAAGUAUGUGGAGAAGCGCUUCCUAAAGAAGAUGAGUGGGAGCGAGGCGUUGGUGGAAGGUGAAAGGAAGUCGCGACCGUGGACCGUGAAGAAGUGCCAGCGACACAACAGCUCAGUUCGGGCGCCAAACAAAGCCCGCAGGAAAUACCAUCGCUACGAACCUGGCAGCGCCUCGCCUGCGAAUCUCUCGGCAGCGGCUGCAGCCAAGUUUCGCCGGGAUUCCCUUUUCUGUCCAGACGAGCUGGACUCCCUCUUCUCCUACUUCGACACAGGCUCGGGUCCUCGCAGUCUGAGCAGCGACAGCGGCUUGGGAGGAAGCACUGACGGCAGCACCGACAUCCUGGUGUUUGGUUCUGUGGUGGACAGCGUCACAGAAGAAG